UUCUGCCUCUAGCUCCAGCCUCUAGCUUAGUUUGAAAAUGGCAGCUUAUUUGUGGAGAAAAUACGCGGAUUACUUGUACACAAAAUGGGAAAGGACAAUUCUGUGGGACAUGGUAGAGCCAUACAGAAGACCAAAGACAUUUACUCCGCUUGUAACCGUUUACAUUUGUGCCUUUUAUACCGGUGUCAUUGGUGCAGCCAUCACUGAACAACUCUACAAGGAGAAAUACUGGGAGGAUCAUCCUGGAGAAUCAGUACCUUUGAUGAAACCAAUUUUUUAUGGUGGGCCUUGGAGAGUAAUGAGAGGGGACGUUCCUCCAACUGGAAAAUUUGAGUUUUGAAACGGCUGUUGAUACUUUAGACCCCCGCAUAGGCCCCUCCCUGUGUCCAUUUUGUUCCAAGUUCCAAACAUUUGUGCAUAAUAUAUGUGCCUUCUCAUCUUUGCAAGUUCCAGACUUUUUUGCUUCUCCCUUGACUUUCCCAAAUACGGAGUAUCUAUUUUCAUGGAUUGUGGAGCAUGUUAGCUGGUUUUAUACAUGAUAGUAUAUACUCUAGAGAAGUACUUGUAUUCAAUUAUAGAAAGAGAAUUGAUGGAACUAUGGAAGCAUGGGGCUCCCUUGGCGACUUUUGUUUUGAUUCAAAUCGGGGGAUAAAAAAUCCAUUUCUGGUGCCUUUUAAGAUUAUGAUUUUGUUGGUAUGACAAGUUUCUCUGGUUUCUCCUUUUGUAGUUUUGGCUUUAUUUUGUUACAGUGUGAAGAUUGAAUUAAUGUUGCCUUUGUUCUUUCUAUGUGGCUUGCUAUUUGUUUUUGUUAUGCUCAUUUUGGGGUGAAUGUCUCGGGUUGACAACAUUGAUGUUCAUCGGGUUGUCACUUAUGUAAUUGGAAUUUUGGAAUGGUGUUAUCGCAUCAAUUAAAGCUAUUAACAUUAAAU